ACAAACAUAAAAAAAUAACAAAGGAGGGUUCACUUCUUCAGAAACUUUUCUUCCUUAAUCAUUUGUGCUUGGAGUGAAAAUACAUGGAAUCCUUAAAUUUCCACAACAUCAAAAUUGAGAAAGCAAAUGCUAUAUUAAGGUACAAAAAGCGUCAAAGAAUGACAACGUGGUUCCGUUUCAUCGAACUCUGCCUAUUUUUCGUCGUAAUCUCAAGAUUUUCCAUUCAAUUACCACUCUCUUUCGAGCUCUGGACGGAUUAUUUCAAGGGAUUUGGUGUCACCCUCAUUAGUCCUCGAUUCGUCUUCGUCCUUGUAAACGCCAUUGUUAUCAUCCUCUUCUUUAAAUCAGGACAUUCAUCCGCUAAAGAUGGUUCCAUGGACAACAUUAAAUUCGAUUUGUACGAUGAGUACAAGCAAGCGUGUUUGAUGAACAAAGAGGCUUAUUAUGAAAAGAUCGAAAAACAGAGCAAGAGACAGAGGAAACAGAGCAUUUUGGUUGAAGUGGCUAAUUGUGAACAGAGCAUUUUGGUUGAAGAGGCUAAUUGUGAACAGAGCAAGAAACAGAGCACUCUGGCAGAAAGACGAGUAGAAAAGGGAAUUCAUCGCAGCCAUUCAGACAACGCUUUAAAUUCGUCCCAUAAUGAGGAAAAAACAAGAAAAAGAAUGAUCCGGUCAGCUACAGUUGGAUGCUUGAAAAAUAUAGAAACCGCGACAAGGAAGAUGACAACAACCUCAUUUCCGGAAGAUAGGAUGAGCAGUGACGAAUUCAGGAAAACGGUUGAGGCAUUUAUUGCAAGACAACAAAGAUUAUUGAAGGAAGAAGAGUUUUCAAUUUCAACAUAAGAGAUAAAUACAAAUAUUUUGGAAGAAACAUCAGAGUUUUAACUAGCACACUAGGUGAUCGGGAAAAAAAAAAUAGUUGAGAAAACAAAUUAAUUAGUAUAAAUGUUCACUUUGGACGAGUUAUGCGAAUCAUAUUUUCAUGAGCUGAUGGUUAAGGAUUGGCGAGUUCUUGUAGUAAUACACUACUUUUAACUUUCAAUUCAUAAGAAAAGUUCUAGUUUCAUAACAAAACAAAUAUACUUAUGGCAGAGAAACACAAGAGAUUGUUAUUCGUUUAACUAAAUAGAGCCAAACAUUCAUUAUUUCAUAUUAUAUAGUAUUAGUAUAUGUA